AUGGGCUGCGGUUCGAGGUCCCGCUGGCACCUUGGCACAGUGGUCUUCAGCGAGCUCCUAAUGCUGUCGCGAGAAGAGUUUGGGUUCGAGAGCGAUGACGGCAAGAUCACGCUGCCCUGUGAUGCUGCUGUGAUGGAGUACGUGAUGUGUUUGCUUAGAAGAGAUGCCUCUGAAGAGGUUGAACCUCUCAGAUUAUUUUUGGAUGGACAUCCUCUCGGAUUUGAAGUCAAGAUUUCUGCAGAAGGAACUCUGUUGCCACUUAAUAAGCUCCCCGAAGACCGUGGUGCUAAGGCACGCCAGCGGCACCUUGAACCGCGCCCCGUCGGCCGUGUACACCGUGCAGUGGCCCUUGCUCGCCACGGAGCUGCAGCACUCGUCGGCUUCCUUUGCUGCCGCCCCCAAGCUGCAAGUGAUGAUGUUCAGAGGCCACCUGACUCUGAAUAUAUAGCUCACUCGACUGCUGGAGCGAAAUGGUUGGGCAAGGGACAAGGCCAUGAGCACGUCAGGAAAGGAGAGCCGACAACCAUGAUCAGUGCCAAGAGACUUGUGCAAAUGGCAAGGAAGUGGCAAAGGAUAGCCUCCCUUGCGAGGAAGAGGGUCAUGCCGAUCCUGGCGAAAGAAAGCGAAGGAUCGUGUAGCACGCCGACGUCGGUGGCUGGCAAAGGACACUGCGUUGUGUACUCGGCUGAUGGGCUGCGGUUCGAGGUCCCGCUGGCGUACCUUGGCACAGUGGUCUUCAGCGAGCUCCUAAUGCUGUCGCGAGAAGAGUUUGGGUUCGAGAGCGAUGACGGCAAGAUCACGCUGCCCUGUGAUGCUGCUGUGAUGGAGUACGUGAUGUGUUUGCUUAGAAGAGAUGCCUCUGAAGAGGUUGUGAGAGCCUUCUUGAGCUCCAUGGCCUGGCCAUGUCACACUGUCAGCGGCGUGGCACCAUGGAACCAACGGCCAGCUGUUUGUGUAUGA